AUGAGCAACAGCUCGCCAACGCGAGUCAACGGCUGGAGAGUGUCCCCCGACGGCCGCGGAACCAUGGACAUACUCUGGACAUGCAUCGUCACCACAUUCCUCUGCACAUACACCAUCCUCUGCCUCAACCUGCCCUCGAAACACGACAGCAACGUGCGCAUCCUGGGCCGCAAGCUCCUAUGGAUGGCCAUUGCCAUCGCCGGGCCCGAGUUCCUGCUCACCGCAGCCGCCGGCCAGCUCGCCGCCGCUCGAGACUCCGUCAAGGCGUUCCACGCCCUCGGACACACUUCAUGGACGUACCGACACGGCUUCUUCGCCAACAUGGGCGGGUUCGAGCUGCGGCCCCUGGACGGCGCCCCGUUCCGCGCCAACUCGAAGCACAUCCUCUGGCUCAUGUCGCGCGGCCACAUCCAGUAUCCGGAAAUCUCAGACCAAGAGCUGCUCGACAAGUCCAAGCGGGAUACCGUUUCCAAGCUCAUCACCUGCGUCCAGGUCGGCUACCUCAUCAUACAAUGCAUCGUGCGCGGAGUCCAGGGCCUCUCCGUCACGACGAUCGAGCUGUCAACUAUGGCCAUUGUCGUGUGCUCCAUCAUGACGAGCGUCUGCUGGAUCCCCAAGCCGCAAGACGUCCGAUAUCCCGUGCGAAUCGACAUGGCCGAGACCAUGGACCAGGUCCUCCGCGGAGCCGGCCCUGUAGCUGCGCGACCGUACCGACAGACUCCCCUCGACUUUGUAGACGACUUGACGCCGAGUUGGGCUCUCAACAUCCAGCCCUUCAUCAAGCUGCCUGUCGGACCGUUUGAACGUCCCCUGCCCCGGAUUGGCGACAGCAGACUGCCGUGGCUGGAAACGCUGGAAAGUCUCUACCUGUGCAUCGCCACCAUGAUCUACGCAUCAAUCCAUCUCACUGGCUGGAAUUUCAGGUUCCCCUCAAAGGCCGAACGAAUCCUCUGGAGAGUAUCGAGCCUCAUCCUAGUCGGCACAACAGCCCUCUUCUGGGUGCUAGAAACAGGCGCAAUCUGGCAGCGCUACGGCAGCGGCCACAAGCUCUGGAAACGGAUGUUUGGAAGCGAAGCCAAGUCCAGCGUCCCAGUAACGGUGGCGGAGGACGUAGAGGUAGCUGAGCUGGAAGCUGGACCGCGAGCCGACAGGCCGUCCAUACUGGUCUCUCAGCAGCCCGUCGAGGAAAAGGAGGAGGAGGCGUGGGCGCCGAAACAGCUGCCGCUCGUGUGGGAGUUUUGGACCAUCUUCCCAGUGGCCUUCGUCUAUGCGCUGGCAAGGUUCUACAUCCUCGUCGAGCCCAUCGUUGGGCUGAGAUCCAUGGAGGCGGGAGCGUUUGAGACGGUCAACUGGAUGGGCUUUUUGCCUCACGCGGGGUAG